CGAAUCAUGUCCAGAAGGCAGCAGGCUUUGUUGCGGUGUCUGCCGAUAACCUUGAGCGUGUGAAGAUUUUGUUUCGUGUGCCAUUUGUUCAAAGAUUCUCAGACUAUUAAAUGAUGAAUGGAGAGUCGUAAUUUAUGGUGGAGUUCUUGAAGUUUGGACAUAGUUUGGAACGAGUGUCAUUCAUGUCUUGCGUGGUUCGGAACGUGAAUAUGCAAUGCUUGGGCCUACGGGGGAUCGGAAAACUCCUCGAGAAAGUGACAUCUUUCCCCGAAAAAAACUCAGCUGAUGUGCCUAGUGCUUGGUGAUGAUCAGUGUGAAACAAGUUAACAAAGUCCACCAAAAGUUAUGGUGGUGUGGGGAACAGCAUUUAUAUUCAUUUCGUAUUAUUAUGAAGUGGAACCUGGUUCAAACAGGUCUGGAGGUGAGAGCCUAUGAUACCAGUUGAUUUUAUUCAUUGAGUAGGCCAUGGAGAGUCAAGCCACUGGUUCUGGUCUUGAGGAAGGCCCAUCACAUCAUGCUCGGAGGCCUAUGAAUGCCUUCCUCAUAUUUUGCAAACGACAUCGUCCUAUUGUUCGUGAGCGUUAUCCUCAUCUCGAAAACAGAGCAGUUACAAAGAUACUUGGGGAAUGGUGGGCAAAUUUAGAACGUGAAGAGAAAGCAUCUUACACUGAAUUGGCAGCCCAGUACAAGGAUGCAUUUUUGAAAGCUCACCCAGAUUUUAAGUGGUAUAAACUUCCAGCUCCACCUUUGCGCCUCUUGAAUACAAGGCCAAAUAACACAGUGAAAGCUCCCAAACCAUCUACAGGUGUCAUCACCCCUGGAAAGCUUGCGGAUGAGACACAGCUCGGUGGACUGAGUAGCCUGCUUGCUGCCACAUCGUCAACUUCAUCUGCAUCUUCAAGUGCUUGUGCAACUGUAACAGAAAGCAGCCCUGUAAACAGUGCAUCAGAGUGUGGACAUCACCCUAGUGAAAAAGACAGUGGAGCUGUUUCUGAGAACUCUGACAAAAGUGAAAAUGGCUCAAAAUCAACUGUUACUCUGUCAACGUCAACUAGCAUUGACACAUCCAAAGCCUCAAAGGUGGCUCCAACUGUGGCUGUUACUCAUGACACUUUGACAACUCCAACAAUUUCAUCAGCAGGGCGACAAUCUUCAGUGCCAAAUGUGCCUGCAAUUCCUUCAACGCCUAACUUGCCCAUCUUCCCCAUGCAGCCCUUGACCUUGAACAUUAUCUCCUCUGACUCUCCUACAUCAGCUAGUGCUGCAUCUCUUCUUGUUGACCUCAAUGUUACUGCAGGUUCAGUGCAGAAAUCCCCUCCAGCUCUUGCUUUAUCUUCUAAGAUGACAAAUCUUCCUUCACCUCCCUCUACUCCUCCAUCGCCACUUACCCCCAAUAAUCCUAAUGUACCACGGCCUCCGAAGAAACGGUACCUUCAACAGGCACUUGUUGCAUCCAUGCAUGAUGGUGGAGAGCCUGAAAGCCCUUCACACUCAGCUUACAGUGAUGACAAUGAGGGCAAGAUGGUGGUGUCUCCUGCUUUGCACUUUGAUUUCAACAAAAUACUUACUAAAAAUGAAAAUGGUGGGGAUGGCCCUGAUCUCUCCCCUUCAAAUGAGCCGCAAAAUGAGGACAUCUCAAAAACUGAAAAUUCAGAUGAAAUUCAAAAUGCACUCAAGGCUGAGGGUGAAGAUGAUUGUAAAGAAACAACGUUUCAAACAUCACAACAACAAUUAAUUGAACGAGUAGUUGACCGCCUCUGUCGUUUCUCCGGGAAAAUGCCUUUAAAUACGCCUGAAAGUUCUGCUGAAAUGGAAGGGGAUCAUGCAAUGACUUCUUCGGAAGCUGUUCCACCCAAUAGCUGCUCUGAAGAAGGUUCUAACCAGCAUUUGAAAGAAGACAAGGAGUCGCUCGAGGUUCAAUGUAAAGUUGAAAGUAAAGGAGAAGUGGGCGAGUUGAAGAAUAUUAUACCUGAUGAUCCUGGUAAGAGCAGUGCGCAGGUAGUCAAACAGCUAACAUUCGACCAUGAAUUGUCUGAUGACAAUGCAGCUGCAUCUGUGGAAAUCACAACUUCAAAUGUAGAAACUGUCUCAACUGAGGUAAAUAAAAUUGAGAUUGAACAGGCUAUCUCAGGCACUUCUAAAGGGAGCUGUUUCACAGUCAGUGCUACUGGAAGUACUGUUUCGUAUGAACCUAUUCUACAGAAAACUGAACAUGCCACUAUUCCUUCUGGUCUUACCUCAAGUAACAUUUCUGAAAUUCAGAGCAUUGUUGGGCAAGUUGAUACCAGCUGCAUAGAACACUGUGACAGUGAUGAAGUUGCAGCAGCAGUGGGUCUUUUGAGUCUUCCCUUUAAAACUGUUGUCAGCCCUUCAGAAAGUAUGGAAAGUGGUGAAGAAGCUGAUGAUGGAGAACAAGGCAAUAUGUCUCAGAGUUCCAAUCCCAGUUCUGAGGGGAGGAGGAGCUCCUCUCGAGCUUGUAAGGGGCAAAGAUAUCGAGAGUUUAUGAUGGAGGGAGGCCUCACAAGAGGUCGCAAAGGCCGAAGAGGAAUGUUCAAACAAGAAGAUAUGGUCAACAGUUUCCUCUCACCUCAAAAGUUUAAGGAACACAGAGAAUAUUUUCAAAGUGGAAGUGGCUCUUUUCAACUGGAUAUGUACAAAAAAGGCUCAAGGAAAGAUCAUUCAUUUAAAAGAAGGUCUGAGGAUCAGGAUUGUUUACCCUUCGGAAAAUCAAGGAAAACUGAUACUGAGACUCAUGGCCCUGGGUCUAAUCUUGGUUCCCUCAUGCAUUCUGGAUCAUCUGGAAACUUUGGCCAAAAUAUGCAGCUGCAGUUCAUCCCUGCCAGCUCAGCUGAUGACUCCCUUAAUAGAGUUCUUCACUUGGAAGGAGCUAUCACCUCUCCUGUGACAUCCACCCCUGCUUCAACAACAGAAUUGCAAAAGGAAACUUCUCAUCAGGAAUAUAAUCAAUUUGGAGACAGUGCAAACCUGGAGGACAGUCCUUCAGGACAGGCUAAUUCUAGUAGUCACAUAGGUCUCCCUGAAAAGCAGGAAUCCGCAGUUAUAAGCAAGCCCAUUAAGAACAAACCCUACAAGAUCGUAAAAAAGAAAAACCUCAUGAAAAAAAAUAGCUUUGAUAAGAAUGCAAGCAGCCCUUCCACUUUGGGUUUCGACUCAUUGCAGGGUUCCCAAUCUCGUGACUUCAAUUUAGAAGAACGUAUUGGUGCUCUUCCUGCUCUCAGUUUGGAACAGUUUCAACAAAGGAAGAAAGCUCGAAAGAAAAGAACAAGUGAUAGCACGGUGUCUGAUCAUGAUCGAAUGAGAUCUCAAGAUUAUCUGCCCAAAGUCUCCAGGAAGCAUCGUUUUCAUCAUAGUGCAAAGAGUUCUUCUUUUGUUAGUGACAUGCCAAAGUCUAGUCAGAUAAACUUCAUGAAACUGGGUGAAUCAGUUGCCUCUCACAAUGUUUUUAAUGAGACAAACAAUAAUGACCCCUCAAGUGUACCAUCCAAAAGAUUGCAAGAAAGUGAAGGGAAAGAUAUAGGGGGUGUGCCAGAUAAAUUUUCAUUUAGAAAGAAAGUGAGGAACGAAGCCUUGCAAGCAAAGAGUAGUGACCUGUGGAAUACUGAGAUGAGGCUGUUUGAUGGUACCGGCACAUUGAAACGAAGAAGCGGUUUGAAAAAGAUCAGAUGCUCAGCAGAUGCUACAUCCCCAAAUCCAUCUGUUAUGAGACUAUCAGGCAAUUCGGGAACCAAUUCUACCAGUCUUGCAGUCACCGUUACUUGCAGUAGCAGAUGUCCAACUGAUUCUCAUGGAACCCCGACGACAAUGAACAAUAAUAACAUCACCAACAAAAAUGAAGAUGCUCAUUCCUUGUUACCAAGCUUAGUGGGAAGUCAGAAGAGGAAAGCUCGUAAGCAGAGUAUAACUAGACGCACACCGGGGUCUGCAGCAAGCAUGAAAGAUACUGCUGUCCUGGAGCCAUCAGUUAUAUGUGACGUCUUUGGUCUGGCCACCCUUGCUGAAGUUGCUGCUGCCAAAGUUCACCUGUGAAUUUAUUCAUCAAGUAAAAGAUUAACACAACUCUAUCCCUAAAGUAUUUUUUAUAGAAGAUUGUUAUUAAAUUGUUAUUUGUGACUUGUUUUUUUUAUCAGAAUCAGACAGAUCACAGUGAUUCUACCACUAAAUUUAGGAAAUGAUAUUCAUGUUUUAGAGGUGUUCUUUCCUUUGCACCCUAUGCAACCUGAACUGUUUAGAAGUAAAUCAUGAUUAUCUGGCAAGUGUUAAAUUUAAACUAUAUUUUAAGACAAUUGUUUUCCAGAUUGCUCAUAUUCAGCAGGAACUGAAUACUGUUUCAAAAUUGUAGGUAUAUGAACUUUGCCAUCAAAGGUUAAAUUGCAGACCAUUGUAGGUAUGAUUUGUAUCUAAUUGCAUUUGCAAGUUCAUUUUUAUUACAGUCGGUCCCACUAAGUGGCUCUGAUAUGUUUUCAAAUUAAUUUUCAAUGCAAAAAACAUCAUGAGAUUGUCCCAUCUUUUCUUACUAUAUUCAUGGCACUUAGAUGUGACCCGACUCAAAGGCAGUGACUGGUGUUUAUGUAUGAUGUCUAUUGUCAAAGUAAAGACUGUUUGGAACCAAAUGUGUAUAUGAACAUUUCUAAGCUGGUUUGGGUAGAUUUGAUUUUGGUUCACAUAAAUUUGUGAUAGGACCAUGUAUUUGAGUGCACACAGUAAUGUAGACCUUCCUUGGUGGUGUUUCUAUCUUGUUCUCUGCUUCAGGCUAGUUUCCAAAAAUAUAAAAGUAAUUUUUUAGAUUUUGCCGCAAUGUUUUACAUCACAUCAAAAGAAUGCCAGGUGUGCCUUUGCUCUUCUUUCUUUCUGCAAGUUACAACCAACUGCUAGUAAGUGACUGUUUCUUGUGGUCUGAGAGUCAAAUUUGUAACUUUCUUAAAACUCAAAUCUUUUUGUUGUUUUACAAAAUUUGGAAGACUCUUCGAUUCUAAGGUAAAAGGCUGAUUGAAUUUUAGUGUGGUUUGUAAGGCAUUUCAUAAACUUUUUUACAUUUUUCCUAAUAACACACUUCUUAGAUUUUCCAAAGCUCAAGCAAUAAAUUCAAUCAUCUGAGUAGGAAUAUAUUCCAUCAGUAAUUUGAGAACUUACAAGUGAUCAGAUCACUCUCAAACUCAGACUAGUUGUAUCUGUUUUGUUACAAUGAGCUUUUCUUUGAAUUCUCUUAUGACUGAGAGUGAGUGUGUAAAUGGACCCUAUUUUUGUGAAAAGUAAUAGUUAUUUUCCUGUAAAUCCAUUCUGAACAUUUGUCUAGUUGCAAUUUAUCACAUUGCAAACUACGAUAGAAACAGUACUGCUUGUGAGAUAAAUGUUGUUGUUUGAUCCUUGUGUCUUUGUGAUACUAAAUAUGUAGUUGGCUUUGCUUGGUAAUCUAGGUUGGACCUAUUGUUAAUGGACUGUCCAAAUCUCUUACGUGAAAAUUGACAAGUACGGUCCUGCAUCAACUGUUUGAGUAGAGUUUAUUGAACUUUAUUUGUUCACAUAUCUCCUAUAUAAAUGCAUGACAUUCUGGGUAUGUUGAGAUGGUUUUUUUGUGUGUGUUGUAGCAUAAACAGAAAGCUUGGCAUUUUCUUUGUUUAACAUGUAUUUGUUUGAAUUGAAAUUUAUUCAUUGACUGCAAUGUAAUUUUUAUUUUGUUGCUUUUCUUUUUUUUUUAAAAAAAAAAGAGGAAGGAUCUUCUAUAAUUGCUUUUGGUUUCAUAAUUGACGUUGCAUUUUGUAUUCAGUAAAUUUAAGAAUACCCAAGUGAGCUGGGUAAAUGGUUGUUGAGGUAUGAAGUUCAUCCAGAAGUAAAGCAUGUGGAUCGUCUCUUGUUGGGGGACAGUCAAACUGCCUGGCUGCAACGUGCGCACUUAUCAGCAACAAAAAACAUGCAAACAAAGUGCAAAAUGUUGCCUGCACUUGCUUCUGUGAUUGUUCUGAUUUCAUACCCAAUUUUAUCAUAUUUGCAGAAAUUGUAUACUGUGAAUAUUUCUGUUUUAUGAUUCCACAGUCUCUCUUCAGAUUGUGCCUUAUUGGUUUGCCAAUUUCUAUAGUAACUUGUCCUCUCUUGCAUUGUAUAUUCAAUUACUAUCUCUCAUCAUGUGUCUCAGGAAAGACCAAUACUUUGCCAUAAUUUUCAUUUUUCUAAUAGUAUGUGUUCCUUGGGACUGCCUACUUCAAAAUCAGUAGACCAAUGUGUGUUUGUUUUGUGGAUACACCUCUACAAAAUUUAAACUGUUUGAAUUUGGAUUAGUGUGGAAAAACUAGACUUACCAUUUAGUACUGCCUUAUUUCUUUAACCUUAAAUUCAAUGUAACUUGUUUCUUUCUAAGUGAAAGGACCACGCUAAGUUCUGCUUGGUACAAUUACGUCUUUAAAACAAUAACUAUUUUUUGUCAAGUAUUUUUAGAUGUAACUACUUGAACUUGAUGUUUUGUGAUAAAUUUUUAGUCUAAACCUCAAUUAGUGGUAGGUUCAAUCAAUUAAUUUCUGCACUUAGUUUGUAGUUGGGCUGUUGAAAAUAAUAAUAAUUUCAUUUUCUCUUUACUGAGCACUGCGGGUUUAAUAAUUUAGCAAUAAUAUGCUGCACCAUUCCCCAUAUUGCUUCUUUUAGUUUUAAAGGGCCUCAGUUUCUAGUUUCAAGAUAACUCGAGAAAUUGAGCUUUUACUUCACUCACUGUCUUUUACCACAGUUGCUUCAGCUUCUUUCCCCUCCGCCACGGCACUAGUUCUUGACCAAAUAGACCCCACAUUUCUUUUCACGUGUGUUUUGGCUUUUAUAAUUAAAUGGACUUAAUAUAAGAUUUUGUGGUUUCCUGUUAGUUGUAAUUAAGCGAAAUAUCUUGUAUCUCAAUGGCAUUAUCACCAAAAUUUGACCUCUUCUGUUUUUGUUUAUCUUGUCAAUUGGAACGUUCUAUUGAGGAAUUCCCAGUUGUAUGUUUUUUGUUUUGUUUUUCUUUUAUUGCUUUAAGAGACUCUUGAAGCUGAGAAGUGGGUCAGAUUUUAGUGGACUUUUUAUGUUCACAUUGAGAGUUAUUCCAAAGUGAAUCUUAACCAUUUAUUUGAAAACCUGCGUUGACAAUAUUACCCAAAGAUCUGAAAGCAGAGGGAAAAUGUAUAGUUUCUUAGCCUUGAAAUGUGUUACCUUGAUAUUUUCUUUUAUAUCUGACACAUUUAUGGCUAUAUAAUGUCAUAUCAGAAGCCUCCAAACCAUGAUAAAUUUGGGGCCAUAUUUUCUUAUUGUUUGUUGUUGACCUGCUGCGAAGUAUGUUAAACAUGGAUCGAGCUGGACAUUAUGCAAUGGUUUUAUGGAACUUGUUUGUUAGAUGAGAAUAACCAUAAGACUGGUGGCUCAUGGAUUGAAACAUGGUUCAAUUAAUUUGUAAGAAUUUGAGUCAUUGUAUUCCUGUUGUGUAAGUACAACUUUGGUUGCAGGUUGCUGAUGCAUGUGAUUUUCUACAUUUUACCUCGUAGUUUUCCUCACACAUACUAGGACUUUCUUUGAAAAUGAGAUGUUGCAAGGGAAAAGAAUAAGUUUUCAGGGGCAUAAGAAAAGAACAGAGCUAUUGAUUAAUGUCAUUUACAAAGGAGACAUAAUUAUGAGAAAUGGUUUUUACAAUGUUUCUGUUUGAUCUUAAAGAGUUUUGUGUUUUGUUUCCAAUCAUUUUAAAAUUUUAAAAUGUCUAGAAGGUGUUAUAUUUUGUUUUUCAAUACAAUUCUAUGGAUGUUAUUAUUUUAGUCAAUCUUCGUGUGUGGAUAAAUUCCUGAUUUCAGUAAAACUGAACAUUUGAGAGAAAAUAAAUACAAAGAUGUUGUCACUUGUGUUAAUGUUGUCCAUUAUACAGUAGCUGUACUAUUUUAUUAAUUUGGUGCUGUUUUAGUUGAAGUAACGCUGGAGCUUCUCAGGUUGAUGUGUGACUUUACUUACCUCUAACAUCGAAGCCAUACAUUUCUGAGUAUUUCUUUCUUAUUUAGUCAAGCUCUGUUUGUAUUAGUAUCAUAGAAUAAGUUCAAUGCUUCUUAGUGGAUACUCCGAUUACUAAGAGGCCAGGGUCUUCUUUCCCAAUCUGUUGUUACUGUUUGAUAAAUUUUUUAAGAGGUUCUUCUGCAUCAGUGGAAUGCGAGUGACCAACUGUAAAUAGUUUGUUUUUGUCAUUUACAAUCAUGAAAGUCUCCUUUGGUGCCAUAAUAGGGUUCUAUCUUACAAUAUAAAAGUUGUAAACAACUUCUUUAUUGAUUUGUCUGUUAUGUCUGUUACGUUUUCCUGUAUAUUUUAAUGAAGUUUUAAGUUGUUCAUGUUUUAAAUCUGAUUUUGAUGGUGAUGUAAUGUGUGCAAAGAAAAACUAAUUGUUAAAUGCCUCAAUAAUUACAAAUGUUAUUUGUUGUUUUUUUUUUCUCUAAAUUUUACUGUGUCAGAAACUCCCUGAAUUUGCCAGUAGUACUUGGAUAAUCACAAGGUGUAUUUAUGUUUACUAAACUGUAAAUAUUGGCACAUAGCAUAGCUAUGCAAGUGCUCAAUUUAAAUUUAAUAUGAACUAUGAUAAAAAUGGAAGUACUGUAUAAGAAUGAAGCUUGUUGGCUGUUGUCUGAAGUGUUUCAGACUGAAUGUUUUAAGUCCAUUUAGCUCAUUGGCUGAACUUAGUACCCAGUUGGUGAAGUCAUUUAUAUACCUUCUCUAUGGCCUAUGUCCCAAAUAUUUUUGAUUAGUGUACUUCAAAAUUCUGGGACCACUAUUGUAGAUUAACAAAAACAACUUCACUAUAAAAAAAAAAUUCCGUCAAAUUUAUGUACAGUAUGUUUAUCCUUACUGCUUUUAGUUCUUGUUUAGUUUUGUUCAAACAUUCAGGCUGUUGAUUUCCUUCCAUGUUCACAACCCCUUUUUCUGUACUACUCAAUUACAUUUUUGUCACAUGAGAUGCCCUUUUUCUUUGACAAAUUUUUGUAGCCAUAAUGUAUGGGAGGAGAACAAUUUGUUUGACAACAACAAAUUGAACAAUUUGUAUGGUGUCAACACUGACCUCAAAGUCCUAUGAGCUUCUGAAUUGUGAACUUACAAACUAAAGAGAAUGUUUCUCAUUGCACUUGGCUUUCUGUGAAUGACAUAUAUCUAUCUUCUAUAUAAAUAUAUAUAUAUAUAUAAUAUGUAUCAAAUUGUUUCAACCAUGUGUAUCGCAUAUUGUAAAUAAAGUAAAUUAUGUUUAA